AUGGUUACAGGAUGCAGAUGUCAGAGCACGAGGGGAGUGGGCCGGAGGUGAGCCCUAGUGCGAUGCCCGAGGUGCCCCUGGAAUCUCCACCUGCUCCUACUAAGUCGCCAGCGUUUGAUCUCUUCAACUUGGUUCUCUCCUACAAGAGGCUGGAGGUCUACCUGGAACCCCUGAAAGAUGCAGGUGAUGGUGUUCGCUACUUGCUCAGGUGGCAGAUGCCCUUGUGCUCCUUGCUAACCUGCCUGGGCCUCAACAUCGUGCUCCUCACCUUGAACGAGGGUGCGUGGUACUCAGUAGGAGCCCUGGUGAUCUCAGUGCCCGCCCUGCUGGGCUACCUCCAGGAGGUGUGCCGUACGCGGCUGCCUGAGUCAGAGCUGAUGCGGAGGAAGUAUCACAGCGUGCGGCAGGGGGACCUGCAGAGAGCGCGCCUGUCUCGCCCUGAGGCCGUGGCUGAGGUGAAGAACUUCUUGAUCCAGCUGGACGCCUUCCUGAGCCGCUUGUGCUGCACCUGCGAGGCCGCCUACCGUGUGCUGCUCUGGGAGAACCCCGUGACGUCCUCACAGUUCUAUGGGGCCCUCCUGGGCACGAUCUGCAUGCUGUACCUGCUGCCGUUCUGCUGGGUCCUUGCCCUUCUGAACAGCACGCUGUUUCUGGGAAAUGUGGAGUUCUUCCGAGUGGUGUCUGAGUACAGGGCGUCUCUGCAGCAGCGGAUGAACCCCAGGCAGGAAGAGCGUGCCUUUGAGAACCUGUCCCCGCUGGACUCAGGGGGGAAGGGUGCUCUACUGGACAGCACUCCUGCGCUCACGCCAACAGAGGACCUCACGCCGGGCAGCGUGGAGGAGGCUGAGGAGGCCGAGCCAGAUGAGGAGUUUAAAGAUGCGAUUGAGGAGACCCACCUGGUGGUGCUGGAGGAUGACGAGGGUGUCCCGUGCCCGGCGGAGGACGAGCUGGCCCUGCAGGACAACGGGUUCCUGAGCAAGAACGAGGUGCUGCGCAGCAAGGUGUCGCGGCUCACGGAGCGGCUGCGCAAGCGCUACCCUGCCAACAGCUUCGGGACCUGCACGGGCUGCUCUGCCACCUUCUCGGUGCUGAAGAAGAGGCGGAGCUGCAGUAACUGUGGGAACAGCUUCUGCUCUCGGUGCUGCUCCUUCAAGGUGCCCAAGUCCUCCAUGGGGGCCACAGGUGAGUGGAGUGGGCGUGGGGGUGGGCGGGAGCUUGGCUGGUCCCGCAGGGGGUGCCACAUCGCCAGGGAGGAGUGAGGGUGUCAGGAGAGACGGGGCAGCAGGGUCCUAGCCUGAGGCCUGCGGGCCCGUUUCUGCCUCCCUGUCACAAACAAAACGUGGGAGCAUUUGACGCAGGAGGAACAGAUGGGACGUCCUUGCGAGUGGUGAGGCCUUGUAGCAGGACAUGUGUCGCCACUGCCCGUAAAGCAGACGCACCGGUUGGCGACACCCAGGCCUUCCUGGAGGAAGCCGCUGCCUGAGCGCUUAUCUUCUCAUUACUUGGGAAUACUUGUACCAAAACUUAAGAGUCGCUUUUCUCCUUUUACAAACGCUAUGCAUACUCUUCAUAAAUAAAACAGAAAAUACAGAUACGUGAAAGGAAUAAAAACGCUCCUGCU